CCGUACUGUGUAUAACAAGUAACCCGCCCAAGAUUCAACAGUUCUCUUUCUUCUAUUCUAUGUCGUUGAAACCAGUGGAUAAUUUGCGAAUGAGGCGGAAUUCUCCGUUGACAUCUUCAUUAAAACUCCAUUUUCUCAUCCUGGCCCCCUGCCGUACUCCUGAUUUCGUAUUUCGUAUGUCGAGUCGGUCCCCUCUUAUCCAAUUACUUACUGAGUCAACUGUUCAUGCCAAAAUUUUCGCUGAACAUUACAAAUGCAUAAACUACCUUCUCGGCUAAAUGUCUCAGGAAUGGCCACCGUGAUAAGUCUAAAACAAAAAAAACUUGGGGGUUCGCAGGAUCCAGUUAGCUCAAACUGUUCGUCGUAGAGCUCGAAUAGCACCCCACAUGAAUGCAUGAUCUACCCAGCUCUGCCCAGACAUGCAACAUAUAUAUGCAAAGGGAGUGAAGUUAGUCGAUAUAUAAAAAGCUAGCCAUCCCCCAAACAUUUCCAGUUAUCACCAAAUAUACUGCGCUGGAGGUUACAUGAAUAUUUGAAGUACUUUGUUUCCACGCUCGCCCGAAGCCCCUUCUUAAAUACUCAACCAAACCGUUUAUCAUCGUUUCCUGCCCCGCCCGCUCUAUACAACCACAGCCCACUCACUAAAAAGCAAAAGCAUGUCCGAUUUCAAAUUCACAAACUCAACCCAACCCCUCCCCUCCGCUGCAGACCUGAAAGGCGAGUUCGUCGUCAUCGCCAACCCCUCCACCGACAUCUGGGCCAAACCCCCCUCCACCCACCGCUUCAACGGACCCAUCCUCCACAAGACAAGCCCCCUAUCUUCCUUCCAAAGAGCCAGCGUACACAUCUAUGGCGAAUGGAUCACUCUCUACGACCAGGGUGGCUUAAUCCUCGUCAUGAAUGGUGCCAGUGGCUCUCGGCAAUGGAUCAAGGCUGGCAUCGAGUAUGUCGACGGUAAAGCGUAUAUCAGUGUCGUGGGGAAGGAUCAGUGGGCGGACUGGAGUUUGAUGCCGCUGCCGGCGUCUGGGAAUGAGGAGGCGGGUGCUGGCGCGAGGAUUGAGAUGGUUAGGGAGAAGGAUGUGUCUUUGUGGAUUUAUUUGGUAGAGGGCGGGGAGAGGAGGCGGAUUCGGCAGGUUAAUUGGGCGUUUGUGGAUGAGGGGAUCAAGGAGUGUUGGGUUGGGGUGUAUGCGGCGAGGCCGGCGAAGGUAGGGGGGGAACUUGCGGUUGCUUUUAAGGAGCUGGAGAUUGAGCUUUCGGGUUGAAUUUCUUUUUUUGAUGUGGAUGGGCUUUUCUGCUAUAUAGGGAUAGGGGAAAUGGGGCUUUAUUAGAUAUCUGUUUUUUUUAUAUUUUUUUUAUCGUGGUUUACGAUGUGAUAUAUGGCGGAAUGGGACAAGGUUAUAUAUAGUUUAACCUGUACUCCAUAUGAUAUCCCAUAUCCCCCUACACCGGGGACCGCGUUGCAACCUACUUCUUGAGGUGGAGGCUUUAUUGGCAACACAGUUCACGGCACCCAGUUCAUUGUGACAUAUGUACUGGUAGGUCUGAAAGGAGAGCAAGUACGCUCACCAAAUUCGUGCCUUGUAGUAGAAGUCUCGGAUAUAGCAAUUCCUCGGGCACAACGAAUAAUCGACUCAGGCUGAAUAUUACCCUGUUACUGAGGGGUUAGAACUGAUAGUGAUUAUCAGCAGCUCAAUGCUUCUGAAGUAGGCUGAUUGACUAUAUAUAUCAGUUGUCUUAGAGAGCGAGCUCUGAUUUCUUAUAUCUAACAUCAUUAGAGGCGCGCAAGGUCAAUACAAUAACCACCUCCACGGCCUAAUAAUAAAUUGUUACGUCAUCGGGCACAAAGGUCUCGGGA